CAAAAACUGUUGCUGAUGAUUGCAUAGGGACAGAAAGCUUCAUUCCAUAAAGCCGGCUUUCAGUCACUAAAAAUCAGUCGUCCUGUUUCCCAGACUGAUUAAGCUUCUCUCAUAUUUUUUUUAAUUAGUCAAAAUUGUAUUUUAAUUCGACCUGCCUAAUAAUGGCUAAAUUAUUGCUAAUUCUAGCUCUUUUAACACUGACCCAAAUUGAGAAAGUGUCCUCUGAAAAAAUCCUUGUCGUUGCUUUUUCUGGUUCUAAAAGCCACAAGAAUGCGUUCGAACCUCUCUACAUCGAACUCGCCCGUAAAGGCCAUCAACUCACGAUUAUUCACCCCGUAAAGUCCGGCUACACCGAUAAGAACAUGAAAGAGAUCAACGGCAUCAACUUUGAAGACAUUCUGGAAAAGGAGAUGGCUGCUGGUGACCCGAACGGUGAACCUCCCAUAAACAUUUUCGACCUGCGGUUAAAAGGUCUCAAGAUUCGGACCCCAAUCAAUCCUGUCAUCAUCCCGUAUUUACAAAAAGCGUGCGAAAGCUAUUAUGAAAUGGAGGAAGUAAAAGCGGUCAUGAAGCAAAAAUUUGCCCUCGUCUUUGUCUCGUCUCACAUGAACGAAUGCACCUACGGCUUUGUCCACAAGCUGAACACGUCCUACAUCUUCGUCCAACCCCACGCCAUCGAGCACUACAAGUCAAGCUUCACCGGAUUCCGACCCCCAGCAUCAUUCGUGCCCAGUUACGCCGCCGGAGCAGUGACCGACGACAUGACCUUUCUUGACCGAAUCUUCAACUUUUUGGCGUACCAGGGAACCAUGGCGCUCUACGACUGGUACUACCUGCCCCAUAUGGAGACCACGUACCGAAAAUAUGUCGGUGAAGCGACCCCAUCCGCGCGAGAGAUUGAGGCAAAUGCCAGCCUUAUAUUGAACAAUGCCCACUUUACUCUUACCUAUCCGAGACCCCAGAUGCCACAGGUGAUCGAUGUCGCAGGGAUGCACUGUCAACCAGGAAAACCAUUACCGAAAGAUUUACAAGACUUUGUCGAGUCGUCGGGGAAUGAUGGGUUCAUUUAUUUCAGCAUGGGCUCCCACGUGAAAGGGAGCACAAUGCCGAAACACAUCUUGCAAAGUUUUGUCACCGCGUUUUCGAAAAUUAAGCAGAAAGUGCUUUGGAAGUUUGAUUUGGAUAAGAUUGAGGGUCUCUCGAGCAAUGUGAAACUUGUUCGAUGGGCUCCGCAACAGGAUUUGUUGGCACAUUCUAAGAUCAGAGUAUUCAUGUCGCAUGGGGGGUUGUUGAGUACGGAAGAGUCGGCGUAUCAUGGCGUGCCAAUCAUUGGCGUGCCAAUAUUUGGAGAUCAGGACAUGAAUAUGCAUCAAGCAGUAAGUAACGGAUAUGGGAUAGCUUUGGAGCUCAACACGAUUAAUACGGAGCAAAUUUUGACCGCAAUUAAUACAGUGCUUGCAGAUAAGAGAUUUGCAUCGGCCGCAAAAGCAACGGGGCAGUUGUUCCGUGACCGUCAAACAUCUGCCGUUGAUACCGCUUUGUACUGGACAGAAUACGUCCUUCGACACAAAGGGGCCGUCCAUUUGCGUUCGCCAGCAUCAAAAUUAAAUUUUUUCGCAUAUUAUUCUCUCGACGUGAUUGCAUUCCUUUCUCUUAUUCUCGCUUUAUUAGUUUAUAUUCCAAUCAAAUUGUGUAAAAUGUGUUGUUGUGGUGGAAGCUCUUCGAAAAAGGAGACACCUUCAAAAAAACGACCAAACACGAGAUCGGGAAAAAAGGACAAUUAAAAAAGAAGGUCCCGUUAAAAAUUAAAAGACGAUUGUUUCACUAACUUAUUUUUGAAUGAUUUGAGUAAUUAUCUUCGAUAUUAAAAUGAUUUUUGUUUGUAAAUUUUUAAAUGAGACGACUAAUAAAAUAAAUUUUAAUCUAUA